GUUUGAUGGUUUUUAAGUAAAAAUUUAUGCGUAAUUUUGUUUUGUUGUCAAGGACCAAGUUUGUCAUGUUGGUAGUACAAUUGAAUGUUUUGUCCGUUUGAAAGAGACGUGAAAGUUUUUUGUGUUGGAAAAGUCAGAAAAACCAGCUUUACGAGCAAUUCCUUGUAUAAUAAAUAGUCAAAAUUACCAAAAUGCAUAGAAAUAAGCUUGAGGAAUUGCAGAGAAACAUCUACUACUCCGAUAAAUAUUACGACGAGGAAUAUGAAUAUCGACACGUCGUGUUGCCCAAAGAAAUGGUUAAAAUGGUGCCGAAAACUCAUCUGAUGUCAGAGGAUGAAUGGCGAGGUAUUGGGGUACAACAAAGUAAGGGUUGGGUGCAUUAUAUGACACAUUCUCCAGAACCGCACAUUUUGUUGUUUAAACGGCCAAUAACAACACCACCAACCCAGAAUGGAAAUUGAGUGAGCAAAAGUAUGUUUGUAUUUGUCUAUAUUAUGUUUACAUUACCCACGUGAUAAGAGUUUUUUAUAACACGUCCGUAAUGUUAAUUUUCAUUAGGGUCACUACUUUGGUCCAGUGGAAUUUCAAGGCUGUAAUUUUAGCAGUUUUUUUUAUUGAGCUUGAGAGCUGUUUCCUAUAGUGUAAUCAUUAACAUGUCAUGUUUUAAGUGUUACAUUUUCAUUACCAAUAUAGUUUUUGUAAAUUA